UCGUAAGAAGGAUCCGUAGAGCAAGAUGUGCGAGCCUAGAGACGUGCUUAUUGUAUCAGCUGUGAGGACCCCCAUAGGUUCCUUUUGUGGUCUAUUAUCAUCACUGAAAGCUUCUGAUUUAGGAAGUAUUGUUAUUAAAGAGAGUUUAAGUAGAGCUAAUCUAAAACCAACCGAUGUGUCAGAAGUAAUAUUAGGACAAGCCCUGACUGCAGCACAAGGACAGAAUCCAGCAAGGCAAGCUGCCAUAAAGGCAGGUCUUCCUACAAGUGUACCUGCUUAUUUAGUUAAUAUGUUAUGCGGAUCUGGACUUAAAUCAAUUACAAAUGGAUAUUUAUCUAUUAAGUCAGGAGAAAGUGAGGUUGUUGUAGCUGGUGGUCAGGAAAGCAUGAGUCAAGCUCCUCAUGCAAUAUAUCUUAGAAAUGGAGUGAAAAUGGGUGAUGGUAGCAUGAUUGAUACCAUGAUUUUUGAUGGCCUUACAGAUGCAUUUAGUAGUAUUCAUAUGGGUGUUACAGCUGAAAAUAUUGCUAAGGAAUAUGAUAUUAAAAGAGAAGAACAGGAUAAAUAUGCUGCAGAGUCGCAGCAGAAAGCAGAAACAGCAAUAGCAAAUGGUCAUUUUGAGAAAGAAAUAGUACCAGUAUCUUUCACUGUCCGAAAAGAUAUAAAAAUUGUAGAAAAAGAUGAAUUUCCAAAAGCUGGUACAACUAUUGAAGCUCUUGGAAAAUUAAGACCUGCAUUUAUUAAAACUGAAGGUACGGUAACUGCUGGGAAUGCUUCAGGAAUAAAUGAUGGAGCUGCUGCUGUUGUUCUGAUGUCAAGGGAUGCAGCCAUUAAGAAAGGAAUACAAGGAAUCGCACGUAUUAUUGCUAUAGCUGAGUCAGGAGUCGAUCCAAAUAUUAUGGGUACAGGACCCAUUCCUGCUGUUGAAUUAGUGUUAAAGAAAGCUUCGUGGAAAAAAGAAGAAGUAGAUUUAUUUGAAUUGAAUGAAGCCUUUGCAGUUCAAUCUUUGGCAUGUUUACGUACACUUGGAUUAGAUCCUAAAAAAGUUAAUGUUAAUGGUGGAGCUAUAGCUCUUGGCCAUCCUAUUGGAGCUUCAGGUACAAGGAUUGUGGUAACUUUAUUGCAUUUGCUUCAACGUACAAAUGGAAAGAAAGGCAUUGCAUCUUUAUGCAUAGGUGGUGGAAUGGGUAUUGCAAUUGCAAUUGAAAGAUUAUAACACAUACCUCAAUUUUAUACAAUACUGUUAAAGUUUAUAUCGUACCUCUUUUAGGUAAAUUAAUGUUCUUUUUUAGAUAACUACAAUCAAUCGUAGUCAUUUGAUGUGUUUGUCUCAUUGAUUUAUAUUAAAUUAACUAUAUAUCAAAAUUUUAUAA